AUGAGAAUGUACCUGUGGAUCAAGUAGAGCAGGGUGAAGUGGUAGCCCAAGAUCAGGCCCAGAACGAACUCGAUGCUCACUUACCAGAUGAACCAAUCGGCCAUGAACAAGAGGACGAUCAACUGGUCAACCAACCUAGACCUGAUGGUGCUGAUGAGGAUAUCGAAGAAUUCUUUCAUGAAUGGGAAAAUCCACCUCCUAAUCCACCAGCUGCACAACUUCGUCGUUCACUGAGGACUCCGAAACCGACUGAAAAGUAUCGCCUAUUCAGAGGAUACCCAUCAUCUCUACCUGAACUGCUUGACAAAUCGGAGACUGAUGUAGCUACCUGUUUAUCAACGAAGAUAUUUGGAAAGCAGAAUCUUACUUUUCAAGAAGCCCUGUCGUCAAAAGAAGGGGAGCUCUGGAGGAUAGCUAUGGACGAUGAGUAUGCAUCUCUCAUGAAAAAUAAUACUUGGAACCUUGUCCCACUACCCCCUGGCCGCACAUCAAUCAAAUGCCGUUGGGUCUAUGACAUCAAGCCAGGCUACGAGGGAGUUCCGGAACGUUAUAAGGCUCGACUUGUCGCUCUAGGAUGCUCCCAAAAACCUGGACUCGAUUUCAACCAAACGUAUGCUCCAGUAGUAAAGCUGUCAACACUUCGACUUAUUCUCGCUCUGAUUGCUGUCCACGACUUGGAGGUUCUACAACUUGAUGUUAAAACGGCCUUUUUACAUGGACGAAUCGAUGAAGAAAUCUACAUGCGCCAGCCAGAAGGGUAUGUGGCUCAAGGUCGUGAGAAAUAUGUGUGUCGUCUGGUCAAAAGCCUUUACGGGCUAAAGCAAGCACCUCGGGCGUGGAACAUUGAACUCAAUGAUGCCAUCGUUAGAUACGGCCUUAUUCGCUCCGACGAAGAUCAGUGUGUCUAUCAUCUUGUCGAAGAAGGAAGUUGGAUCCUAGCUAUUUUUUUCGUUGAUGAUGGACUCAUCUGCGGUACCAACGAGAAAACCCUAGAAAAAUUUGUGGAUCACCUUAAAACGAAGUUCGAGUUACGUACUCUCCCCGCAGGACGGUUUUUGGGAAUCACAAUUGACCGGAACAGGGAGAGAAGACAUCUAAGCAUAUCACAGCCUGACGCUGUUGACACUAUCCUGAAGAAAUUCAAGAUGGGAGACUGCAACAGUGUGUCUACUCCAGCUGAACCAGGCCUGAAGCUGUCCUUGAAUAUGUCCCCACAAACUGAUAAAGAAGUAGAAGAGAUGAAGCAAAUCCCAUAUAAGGAAGCAGUCGGAGCACUUCUCUACCUCUCCACUACGACAAGACCAGACAUCUCGUACGCAGUUGGGCAAGUAGCGAAAUUCAACCACAAUCCAGGAGUCCAACACUGGAAAGCGGUGAAGCGCAUCUUCCGCUACCUGGCUGGAACUCGAGAGUAUGGAAUCCUUUUCUCACCUAAUCCUUCUGGUAAAGAAGAGGAGAUAGUGGGCUUUACUGACGCUGAUCAUGCCGGAGAUCCGGACGACCGAUCAUCUACAUCUGGAUGUGUCUUCAUCUGCCACGGAGGAUCCUUUUCCUGGUUCAGUCGGAAACAAGGUUGUACAUCCCUGUCAACAACUGAAGCUGAGUUUUGUAGCAGGCGGAGAAGCAGCGAAAGAAGCCACAUGGAUAAGAGCCUUCCUUAAAGAGAUUGGUAAAAGAAAUUUAGAAGCCAUUCCUCUCUUCUGUGACAACCAAGGGGCCAUUCGUGUAGCAAAUAAUCCGGAGCUACACAGACGGAUGAAACAUGUUGAACUCCGAUUUCGUUUUGUACAGCAGGCACAAAAGACUGGAGUAAUUGAUGCUUGCUUUGUCGACUCUCGGAACCAGGUGGCGGAUAUCUUCACGAAGGCGUUACCUACCCCAAGUUAUCAGUAUCUCAGACAGAAGCUCGGUGUAAUGGACUGUAGAAAGAAUAAGGAAUAAUAAUCUCAACAAUGUUUGGAGUCUUGACCUUCUCUAUAUCACUCAAUAGUUUGAUUUAAAGUGUUUUUGUUGACAAGUGGUAUAUGUGUCCAAUGCUCAGUAUCCUCGUUGUUUAUCCUAACCCUAUAUGAAAAUUUGCUUCAAGAGGAGGUAUGGGAGACUCAGUUUGAGAGGAGGUGUUGGAGAUUGCAAACUGAUAAUAUAUAUAUAUGUGUAUGGCAACGCUGUCCUCUCCUCCUCCCCUUGGCAAAUGCAAAAGGGGUCUCUCUCCCUGUUCGUCUGCUAGUCUGACGGCGUGUUGAUUGCUCUCUGCAUGUAUUUCCCUGUGAUCCGACUCUACGGUUAAUUAUCUGGUUUGAAUAGACUUUGUUCCACUUGAUUUUGUCUACUUAUACUUAGAAGAGUAAGGUAUAGUUUCCAACAAAGAUAAGAUAAGAUAAUUUUGAUAUCUUUUGAUAUCUUAUAUCUUUAAAAUUUUUUGUAAUAUCUUUAUCUUAUCUUAUCGGUUUUUUAAAAGAUAUUUUAAAAGAUGAUUUUGUCACGUGAUUAUUUUUUCGUGCAUGAUUCCCUCUGUUGUCUAAUAGCGUUAUUAUAAUGUUAGACUCAAUCUGCAACGUCAGUGGAUCUCCGAAACCUAAUAAUCAUUAAUCUGGCAACCCUGAGCCAUUGUUCCGCUUUCUUUAUUGCCUUCCCCCUCUUUAGCCCUCUCCCUCUCUCUGACGUUCUCGUCUGCGAUAUAGCGUGGCAGACCUGUCAGAGUCAAGAACGUCACACUUUCAUGUUUCUACUUUCUUCUUCAUUCUCAGAGUUAAAUCCUUCAGAUCGUUGAAAGUUAUUGUCCCCUCUUCAUACAUUACCCCAGUCGCCAUCUCGGCUCCGGAAUUUAUCUGCCUUUCUCGGCCCCCCUUUGAUAUUUGUCUAUCAUUACUGAUUCGGGUCUGAUUGUCCUCUAGUGUUGUCCAGUUACUGUACGAGUCACACUCUCUUCACAUUUUGUGUGUGUGUCUGCAACCCCAGAAACCGCACAUUUAUCUCCCACACCUGGUUUCUCCAGAUCCAGUUCAGUGGGUAGCAGUAAAGCUCUUGAGGAGCUGGAAAUUUACCUGAACGAGCCAACCCUACCUAUGGAAGAUGUAAGACCUUUGGAAUUUUGGCAGCUGAAUAGCCACCGCUUUCCAGUUUUAUCUCCAAUAGCAAGAGACAUAUUUGGAAUACCUGCAUCAUCCGGGAGUGUUGAACGAGUUUUUAGCACUGCUACUGAUAUUCUAUCAGCCAAACGGAACCGCAUUAAACCUUGUUUAUUUCAGUCUCUUUUAUUCAUUAAAAAAAAUUACAAGUGGGCAAAAUAAAUAUGAGGAAAAGUA